AUGUGGAAGGCUUCUCCUCCAAGGGCGACGUCCACCUUGCGAGUGAUGCAGUACAACGUCUUGGCCGAUGCCAUGUCCGACGACGGCUUCUUGGUGCGGCCCGUGCUGGCAGAUUGGCCGGUGCCCGAGAGGGCGGUGCCCACGGCUGAGGGCGGGCAAGUGGACUUCACGGCGUUGUUGGCAGAGAUGAUGGAAGCGAAAGGAAAACCCAGCUUGCUGGAGGAGUGUCAAAGGAAGUAUACCUGCAGCGCUUCGGCUGAAAACACCCGUGCCGUGAUUGAUUGGGAGGCUCGAAAGCUGCAGAUGAUGUGUCUCAUUGAGAACUUCGACCCAGACGUUGUGGUCCUAGCCGAGUUGGAUCACUAUGACCAGUUCUUGGGUCUGCUGCGGAGUCUGGGCUACGAGUCACAACUGGAGAAGUGCAAGAAGGACUAUCCUCAGUACCGUCCUGCCUUGCUCGACAGCUUCAGCGACAAAGAGCCUGCCAGCAGCAAAAGCUUUGCAGAAGCCUGGGCUGCUCGAGGCUAUGCGUUUUUGCCUCACCUGGGCUCGAUCUCCCUUCACACCUUCAUGCAGCGUGGGCUGGGCAUGAAGAUCUUGGAGGCCGCUGGUCCUGAGUGGAAAGAACGCUUGACGGAUCCAAAGAAGGGCGGUCUCCAACGUGUCUUGGGCGGCAGAGUUCACGAGGCAAGAAAAGAACCGGCAAAGUUCUUGGCUGGCACGUCCCAUGCGCUUGAUCCUAGAAGCUUGGACGACAUGGGAGUGGCCAUCUUCUGGAAGGCUUCGCGCUUGGAAGCCCUCGAGCUCACCCUGCAGCCGUAUCCAGGAGGAGGCAAGGGCAUCGUCCAGGUGAAGUUGCAGGACAAGCAGGAGACUGCAGCCUUUGUGGUCAUGGGUACGCACCUGAGUUCUGGGGACACUCUGCAGGACGAGGAUGAGAGGUUGAAGCGUGAAGUGAACUGCGAAGGAGGCUUGGUGCAUGCGCUCCAGAGGGCACAGGACCUGGGCGACGCGGUGAUUCUUUGCUUGGAUGCGAAUUCGCAUCCAGCCAUCCGUGCGGGGGGCGAAAGCUCAUGGAAGGUCUUGCGGCAGGCGCUGGGUGCUUCCGUUUGGGACGCCUUCUUUGACCCCCAAGGGGCCGUGGUGCCGGCGGAGCGGCCGGAGCUGGAUCCUCCCGUGACCUCCAACAAGGUUCGGGGGCCCUUGUCGGCACAGGCGAAGAAGAUAGGUGCUCAUGCAUACUAUUUGAUUGACCACAUCUUCUACAACCCGGGAUUCUUUGAGUUCCGGUCGCAUGCCUUUGAGCCCAAACGCUUCAAAUCCAGCAAGGAUGCUUUAGAGGAUGUACAGCCAUGUUUGCUGAACCCUUCGGACCAUUAUCCGGUGAUUGUGUACUAUGGGGGAUUUCAGGACCCAAAUACCUUGAGUGUCAAGCUAAAGCAUGCGGCCAGCGGGAAAAAAGGAUACAACAGAUCCCAACUGAAGCUUUGCUUUGCUUUCGUCGUCAUGGGCAGCUCUACGCGCGCCUUGCGCUUGGGCUCGACCCUUCGUGCCUUCUGGCCCAUCUCUCAGCCUCGCGCCGGCCAGUCCUCACACUACGAUGUGGUGGUGGUCGGUGCUGGCAGUGCGGGUGCUCACUUGGCAUAUCGCUUGUCCACGAAUCCCAGCUGCCGGGUGCUGCUGAUCGAGGCGGGCAGACAAGAUAAUGCGCUUUGGGUUCACGUGCCCGUCUUCUAUUUCAAGGCCAUUGGGACUCCUGAUUUCGAUUGGAUGUGGAAGACCGAUGGGCCUACGACGGGCCUAGGUGGACGCAGUUUAGCCUGGCCUCGUGGCAAGGUCUUGGGUGGUUCGUCGUCCUUGAAUGGCUUGCUCUACGUGCGAGGCCUGCAAUCGGACUAUGACGCCUGGGCCGUGCAGAAUCCUGGAUGGAGUUACGAGGAGCUGCUCCCCCACUUCCAAUCCUCCGAAGACGCGCCGCCUGAGCUCUCGGACCUCGGCGAGGCGGCCCCCGACACCCCCACGUUCCGCGGCUCAGGCGGCCCCAUGUCUGUGACGGGGAACAGCUACCGCACCGAGCUGUCGGAACGCUGGUCGCAGGCCUGUGCUGAGGUCUGCCAGGUUCCUCGUGUGCGCGACAUGAGUGACGUGGCGGGAGACCAACAGGGAGGUGCUGGAGUGGCAUAUUUCUCCAACUUCAAAACGCCGGGUGGCUUCCGCUGUUCCAGUGCCUUGCCAUUGCACGAAGUCCGCCACCAACGAAGCAACCUGCAUAUUUACUGCAAGACUCAGGUGGAACGUCUGGUCCUUCACGGACAGCGUGUGACCGGAGUGGUGGUCAACGGACAAGAAGUAUCUGCUGGAGAAGUGGUUCUCAGCGCAGGCGCCCUGGGCUCUCCACAUCUCUUGCUGCAAAACGGCAUCGGUUCACCUGCCAAGCUAGAGGAAGCUGGUGUGAAGUGUGUCCAUGAUUUGCCUGGGGUUGGUGAAAAUCUGCAAGAUCAUUUGCAGUUGAGGCCCAAGUUCCGCGUGCGAGGCACUCCCACCCUGAACUCAGAGGUGGGAGCUUUGGUGAAGUAUGCUGUCCAGGGCGGCUACCUGGGGUGGCUAAAAGCCAUGUCCAGCCCCACGGCGUGGCGAUGCGGCUGGGAGUUCCUCUGGAAUCGUUCCGGUCCAGUGUCCAUGGCCGCUUCGCAGGUCUGCGCCUUCGUGCCCAGCCGGAUCUGCGACGUCACGGCCACAACACGGUCCAAGCCGCCGGAUUUGCAGUUCCACUUCCAACCCUUGAGCACUCGAGCUUUGGAGGGCACGGCAGCAGUGCACUUGGAUGACUUCGAUGCCUUCACCGCCUCGGUGUGCAUCUUGCGGCCCGAGAGCCGAGGACGGGUGGCGCUGCGCCGGGAUGGAUCGCUGUGCAUCUCCCCCCACUAUCUGUCCACGGACCACGACCAGCGCUUGGCGCUGCGCAGCCUGGAGCUGGCGCGCGAGGUGGCACAGCACCCACUGCUGCGUGAGAUCGGCGCGGAGGAGGUGGAUCCACCGGCGGAGACCAAUCUGGACCACGCCCGGAGGGUGGCGGAGACCAUCUAUCAUCCAGCUGGGACGUGCAAAAUGGGUCCAAGCAGUGAUGAAGAAGCCGUGGUGGAUAAUGAGCUGAGAGUGCAUGGUUUGGAGGGUCUACGCAUUGUUGACUGCUCCAUCAUGCCAACAAUCACUUCCGGGAAUACGCAUGUGCCUACAGUGAUGAUAGCAGAGAAGGCUGCGAGACUUAUUGGUACCUGAGUGCUUUCCGUGUCGCUUCUUCCACUCGCUUCUUCCACGAAGCAUGAAGGAAGCUGCAUUCUGAGGAAUGUGUCGCAAGCCGAGUAUAUGGGAUGCGAUUCCGAUUAUGUCUCACAGAUCUAGGAUGGUUUGUUUGAUACAUCCCUGGCUUGAGCCACGGCCUGAAGAAUCCACAUGCAAAUCAAAA